AUAUUAGAAAACCUUAUAUAAUGCCUUUUUCCAGAAUAACCUUUUUUACAUCUAUUCGAUAAACAUAUUUAUCAAUGGAUGAUUUUUAAAAAUUACAGAAUUUAAAAAUUUUUCAUGAAAUUCCGUAUUUAUAAAGACUAACAUAUCAAACCAUGAUAUUUUAUGCCACCUCGCCUAUUUGAAUCUGUGCUGAUUUCGUCUUGUACUUUCGUAAAAACAAAAUUCAAAUAUUAAAUAAUGAAUAACGAUGUUGCUUCGCCUGAGAAGAGUUCAGAAAAGCACCCCCUUCUUCAGGAACACCCUCUUCAGUUUAAUUUCUUAAACUUAAUUCCAGCACGUGCUCAGAAGGGACUCUCAACAUUUGAUCUUGAAUUUACAUGCGUAGAUGCAGAUGCUCAUUAUAUUGUUCUUGGAUCGAAUAUAGGAAUCACAUACUUGUAUGAUAGAAAAAAACACCAUUUAUCCAGAUUAAGAAAUGAACAUAAAGACGUCAUUACUGCUGUAAAAAUUCUUUUGUCAGUUGAUUGCUUAGUUUUAUGUGGAAGCAAGAAUGGACAUGUUGUUCUGUUUAAAGUGCCUUUUGAUGAAACGGAAACGACUGAAAAAUUUACUUCUGAUGGCAUUCAUACAUCUCCAAUCACAGCAUUAGAGUGGGAUAAAAGUGGUGUUAAGUUUUUUAGUGGUGAUGAGAAUGGAGUUGUAGUUUGUACAGAAAUAGAUUACUCCGAACAUCUAAGUAGAUCCAAGGUUUUGUUAAAGGAGCAGACGAAGAUUGUACAAAUAAGUCAUAAUAAAUUAUACCUGAUUGUGUCAUCUCUAUUUCGAGCUUUAAUUUAUUCAUUUGAAAACCAAACAAUUGCACAGAUCGGACAAAAGGAAAGGAAAUGCUUUGGCCCAUUUGGAGCUGUCAUUAUGGAUUUGUAUGACUCACAUGACAACUAUGUCAUCUAUGCUUCUCGUCCUGGUCAAAGGCUAUGGAAGUCUGAUAAAUCCGGAAUCAUUCAAGAAACCAUGAUUUUCAAAACCGCACUUUCAGAACUUCACCCUAUAAUUACAUUAGAAAAACAGGAUACAAAACCAUGGAGCUUGACUGAUAUUCAGUUUGGGCAACUGAAGCCUUUUAUUGAUAAUUACCUUGUGAUAUAUUCUGAUACUAGCAUCUUAUUAAUCGAUCCUACACACAAUUCCAUUGUCGCUAGCUGUCCAAAGCUGGAUCCUAUUGUAGAUGUUUGCACAAGCAAUGAGGAAAUUUUUAUCUUACGAGGUCUUCGAGAUCUUAUUAGAAUAUCUUCUUAUCCUGAUCCUUUUGUAUGUGAUAAAGUGCCUGUUGAACAAUCUCUCUUUGAAGAACUGUUAACCCCUUUGAAAGAAUUCGGUACAUUUGUCAAAGAACGAAGUGAUUCCUUUGCCGUUCAGAGUGAGAAUGUAAACAUAUUUGAUUGGCUGAAGAAGAAACGAUCUGCGAGCACCCCACCUCCUAUAUCAGAAAGCACCACUAGUGAUUUAGAAAUGAUUUCAAGAAAUUCAGAAAUGUUGCCCCAAGUUGUAACUUUGAAUGCGGAUGAGUUACUGCCUGUUGUUAUUAAUCAAGUGCCUGAACCUUGCAUUCCAGCUAUUAAUAUUACAGUUAAUGAUGAAGUUGAUGAAAUUGUUUACAAACGUACAAAGAAAAAGAAACCCAAAAAAGUUCGAUUUCGGUCCAAAAGUCCUAAAAGCGAAAGAAAAGCUUUAGAAUCUUUGGAAGCGAAUAAAGACGCAACUAAUGAUAACACUGCCAAAACUAUUGAAUUAACUUCUCCUGUUGACGAUCAAUCUAUCGAUGCCACUGGCGAUACAAAUCAAAUGCAUACAAGUCAUGUUGAUACAACAGUUUUUCCAAAUGAAAAUAUAUCUGAUACAAAUACAACAAACAACAUUUCCGAUCCGUCAUCCGAAGAUCCUAGUCAUGAUCAAAUUAAUAAUAAUUCAUCACAACAUAGUGAAUCGAGUAAAGACAAUAACAGUAAUGAUACAUCUUCAGAAAUCUCUGUAGACACUAAUGCUUCGGAAUCCAGUAAAACGGAAUGUGAUCCUGACGAUAUCUAUUUCCCUUGUGUUUCCCCUUCAACAGUUGAUAGCAAAACAGAUCUACCCACCCUAGAGAACCAGACAUCAUCAACUAGUGAAGAUACGUCUGUUACCUCUGUAGAUAUUCUAGAAAAUGAGCCUCUAAAAUAUGGUGUCGAAUGGGUCGAAUACAAAACUCCGGACAGACUUUUGGAUCUUUGUAUUAGUGACUAUCAUAUAUAUUGUGUUGAUGUGCAAAAUAGGAUUUUUAUUUCCCAUUAUCCCGUUUUGGGGAUGCACUGGAUCGAAAUUUGCCAACCUGCUGAGAAAAUAGCCGUAUCGCCUUCUGACACGAUCGUAUGGAUUUUGUAUAAGGGAACUGUUUAUGCGGCUGUUCAGAAAUCCGCUACGAGGUGGCUUGAGGCUGAGUGGGUGCAUAUUGCGCGCGAUGUUGUGUCCAUAGCUGUUGAGGAUAAUCGUGGAUGGUAUGUUACCUCUGCAGGUCUGUUAGUGAAAUUGCAAAAUUUGUCUGCUUCCAAACCUUUUGACUAUCCUGAAACAAUUACGUGUGAUCUACAUUUACAGAAAAUUACUUCUAGAGAAGGACUUCUUUGGGCAAUUACUACUGGGGGUACUUUGCAUUGUUGGAACAGUAAUGUAAAAGAGAAAAAGAAAUCAAAGAACAAAUGGGAAGAAAUAAAAUUGGAAGAGAAUGUAGAAAUAAACAGUAUUUGUCUUGGUGUUCAGCAAACUGGAUGGGUAGUUGAUAAUAAUGGUAUCAUCAAAUUUUUCAUUGGCGUGACACCCGAAACGCCUACAGGAAUCGGGAAGCCAUGGGAGGUUGAGUCCAGUAAAUAUUUACUUCAAAAUACUUCCCAGUUCCAAAAAACUAUGCAGAAAGCAUUUAAUAAUGAUACCGUCCUAAACAUGAUCAAAGGAAUUCAGCAUAUCUCAUUAUCUACAUCUUCUCAGGGUAUCUGGUUCUGUAAAUCUUAUGACAAUCUUGUGUAUGGCACUCAAAAAGGGAUUAUUGGUCACAUGUGGGAUGUAGUUAUUCCUCAGGGCACAUCUAUUACCACAAAGUGGUCUUUACUGUCGGCGUCUGGUUUAACAUCGUCUGAAGAUUCUGUUUGGUGUGUUAAUGCAACCGGAGAGAUUUAUUGUUUAUCACUUUCUACAAAUACCCUACUGGCUGUAGAAUCUCCAAAUGUGUCUGGUAUUAAAUGCUUGAUUCCUAGCUUGCAAUCUUUGUGGCUGUUGGCGGAAGAUGGCUCUUUAUACAUAAGGAGAGGCAUCACGCCUGGCUGCUUACAAGGAGUUUGGUGGCAAAAUCUUGAUUUGCAUCAAUUAGGUUCAGAAAAAAUCACCCAUGUUAGUUGUUCACCAGAAGCUACAUGGGCUUGUUCAGCUGAUGGACAUAUUUUCAUUCGAUUUGGAACACUUUGCCCUUCCUCUGAUAGGAAGUUGCUUCAAGCAUGGAUUCCGUUAAGUGCCGAUGUUGAAGUUAAUGUGUCACCAAUAGUUGAUACGCUUUCUGCCAUAGGGAAGAAGCUUCCAUUACCUUUAGUGAAUCAAAACAACAACACUGAAGUUUCUUUCACCAAGGUUUAUGUUGGUCCUCUUGGCCAUCCAGUAUGGGCUGUAGAUAAUAAACGUAGUGUUUAUGUUCGUGAAGGUGUAACUAAUAAUUUACCUAUUGGAAAAAAGUGGACAUGUGUUCCAGAGUUGAAGGCUAAAGAUUUGUGCAUUAGUAAAAGUGCAGUGUGGCUUCUUAAAAACUCAGGGAAAAUUUACCGAAGAUUUGGUGUAUCUGAAAAAAGUCCGUGCGGAGAUUACUGGAAACAAAUUCCUGGGAAUAUGAAUUCCUUAUCUGUGACUCAAGAUGAUGAUUUGUGGGGAAUAAAAAAUGAGUGUGUGUUUCGACAUUCCUCUUUCUUCCUGAAUUGUGUGCCAAAUGAUAGUUUAAAGAAGACACCAAAUCGAAGUAUUUCUGAAGAUGAUUGGGAGGAUAUUAUGGCAGAAAGUGAUGAGGAAUCAUAAAUCUGUUCUAUCGGCCAUGUUUUAAUGAAUUGUUUAGUAUGAAUCAUUAUUGUGAAUCAUUUCAGAUUUUAAAUGAUGAAAUUUCUAUUUUGUGAUAUUGUUACUAGAUUGUUUAUGAGCUCUUAUAUAUAUAUAUAUUUUUAUGUUUGCUUUUUAAAAAAAAAAAUUUUUUUUCUUAAUUUUUUUUUUACCAAUUUUAUUCAGUGUUAAAUUUUAUUAUUUAACCCUUUACUGAUUUUGAGUCCCAACUUUAUUAAAUCUUCAAGUUGAUGGUGCUUUUUUGCCUUAAAAAACUGAUUGUUCCUAUAUAAUCUGAGUUAGACGUGAGGAAGUUUCAGUGCAAAAUUUUCUAAGAGAUUAGGGGGUUAAUAUGGUUUUGAUUUACGCUAAUGUGUGUAGGAUUUUAGAUAGUUUUACUGUCAUAAAUAUAGUAUAUUGUUUUUCAAAAGUUUAUAAAUUCUUAAUAAUAAAUCACGAAAUCAGCUCACAAAAAAAAGAAAAUAUAUACUUUUUAAAUCAUUUUUGUUUAAUAAACUUUUAAAUUUUUUAAAAAAAUUUUAGACUUUUUUAACCUUAUACUUAAGAUAUAUAUCACGUGUAUCUUUGAAUAUUCAAGUGCUAUUUUUCAAAUUAUUUAUAAUUUUAUGUAAAUUAUUAUGACUAUCAUUUUAAUGUAAUGAUCAAAUUUUGAUUUUUAAAUUUAUUGUCAUUUUAGUAUAAUGAUACCAAAUGCUAGUCUAAACACAUAUGCUAUAGGAAGGGAAUUUUUUUAAAGUUAUAAUUAAAUGGGUAAGGGAACGGCUAGAAUUAUAUGCAGUGUUUUAUUAGAUGUUUUCCUUUUAGUUAUUAUUUCAUUAUUUUUAUUAUCCAUUAUUUUCAAAAGGCUAUGAACAGUGAGCAAUAGAGAAAAGAGACAUCCUCUUGGAUAACUUUUCCUUUUAUGAUCAGAUUUUUGUGAAUUAGAUGCCAAUAUUAAUGGUUCAAAUGGGUGAAAAUACAAAAUUUAAACAAAAUUGGUAAAAUAGUUCUUAAGAAAUGAAAAUUUAAAAAUUUAGCUUUUUUUUCGUGUAUAUUAUCAAGUAUUAACAAUUUGAGUGAUUUUCUUAAAAUUUUGUAUUUUAUUUGAAAGUACAUACUUAAAAUUUUUUUUUAUUAAAUGAUGUAAUUAGGAAUACAUGAAAAAUUUGUGCUUCUUACCAUUCGAAACUUUUUCAACUAUUUUUAAAUAAAAUAAGUAAUUAUUAAAAAUAAAUUAUUUUAAAUUAUUAAAAGUAAUCUGUUUAUCUUCAGAUAAAUAAAUUCUCUAUUUAUGUGCAAAUAGUUGGCUUGCUCAAAUCAAUUAUCAAAUAUCCAAAAGGUGAGAUUUAACUUUGAGGGGCCUAAUCUUUCAUGACUAAAUUAUAGGGACCUCAUUUUCUAAAUUAUAGCUACCCAAUUCAUAUUUAAAUAAUCACGAAUUGAAAUGAGUCGAUUUUGCGAGAGCCCAUUUUUGUUUCUGAUUCUGUAACUUAAUUUAUAGAAGUUAAUAUAUUUGAGAUUAGAUCAUUUGAACAAAUGUUAUUCAAGGUGAUAUAUCUCUUUUUAAACUCACUGAACGUAUUUGUUUUAAAUGAACCAAAUUUACGUUAAGAGUGCUAUAUUUAUCUUAUUUAAUAAAAAUUACUGCAAUAUAUUUUUAUUAAAAGUUGCGAGUUUUAAUAUAAAGGAAUACUCUACUGUAUCUAAGGAAAAUUUUGUCAAACAUCCCACUGAUUGCAGAAAUGUAACAGAAGCAUGAUCACUGCAUGAUUUAUGCUAUUAAGAGGAGAUUUUUCAUUGUGAAUUCCAUUUUAUGAUUAAGGACGUAAAAACUUAGAUAUUGGACAUUUUUAUGUUAAACCUGUAAAGUCUAUGGAACUCUUAUGUUGAGAAAGGGAACUGAGGCAGCUGGUGCUUUUUCAGGGAAAAAAAUUUUUAGUGAUAUUUUGGUGGACAUUAUUUCCUAAUAUUUUACUUAUAAAGAAAUUCUUUUUACAGUUAUAAAUUUUAAAAAUAAUUGUUCAUUUUGCUGUAACUAGUUUCAUUUUUAUAAUCUCAUCUUUUAUAAUAUGAAUGCUUUAUUAGA